GCCCAUCUCAUCUUCUCCGGCGCCGUCCCGUCUUGCUUCACAGUCCACACCCAUGACGUCGCUCGCCAUCCCGGCCUUGCACUCGGUAGGCACCAAGAUCACCAGCACCACGAUCACGAAGCCCUGGCAGCGCGCUUGCCAAUGCGCUUGCGUGUCCGGUAGCCAUGGAGCGGAGCUGCAGGUUCUGGCCGCGGAGGCUGAGCAGGCGGCGGUCAGCGAGGCGCCAAGGUUCAGGUGGGACGCGUUUGGGUCCGAGCUGUCGGAGUCACAGGAGCGGGCGGUUCGAGGUCUGUCUCCGAAGCUGUCCAACCGCUGCAAGGCCCUGAUGACGCGGGUGGUGUGCCUGUCCCCCGGGGAUCAGAACCUUGGUCCGUUGCUCGCGUACUGGGUGAAGGCCAUGAAGCCCAAGAGGGCGGAUUGGUUGCUGGUUCUCAAGGAGCUGAAGGAAACGGAGAGCCCCUUGCUUACUGAGGUAUUGGAGUAUGCAUUGCUGGAAAAUUCAUUUGAAGCAAAUGUUCGCGACUACACCAAGUUGAUCCACAUUUAUGGCAAGCAGAAGCUACUGCAGAAAGCUGAGGAUACAUUUCAUGCCAUGAAAGGCAGAGGUUUCGCUUGCGAUCAGGUCAUGCUGACUGCAAUGAUGGACAUGUACUCCAAGGCUGGAGAUCUCACCCGUGCAAAGGAAAUAUUUGGAGAAAUUAUCUUGCUUGGCCUCCCGCUGGAUAAGCGUGCAUAUGGUUCAAUGAUCAUGGCAUAUAUCAGGGCUGACAUGCUGGACAAAGCAGAAGAGUUAAUCAAAGAAAUGGAGGAUCAGCAGAUCUUCGCAGGAAAGGAGGUCUACAAGGCGCUGCUGAGAGCCUUUUCAUACAAAGGCGAUUCAGAUGGGGCACAGCGGAUUUUCGAUGCCAUACAGUUUGCAGGGAUAGUGCCUGACACGAAACUGUGUGCUCUCCUGGUGAAUGCUUACUGUCUGUCCAAUAGAAUGGCAGAAGCUGUUUGUGUGAUUCGAAAUAUGAGAAGUGCAGGAGUGACACCUUGCGACAAAUGCAUUGCCUUGGUACUGGGUGCUUAUGAGAAGGUGGACAUGCUAGAAACAGCACUUGGAUUUUUGACCGAGCUUGAAGAAAACGGGAUUGCAAUUGGCCAAGAGCCCUCUCAGUUGCUUGCUGUGUGGUUCAGAAGGCUUGGGGUAGUUCAUGAAGUCGAACAGGUUCUGAAGGAGCUCUCAGAAGACAUGACGACCAAGCAAACAGUUGCAGUAUCGGUGGAACAGAGGUGAUCUGCUAGUAGAAUUCUCUGGAGACGGAGGCGUGUGACAACUGACAACUGAUGUUCUCCUUUUAUUUUGAACCGCUGACAAUGUAUUGCCAAGGAAACACUAGUCAGUAUGUAAAGAAAAUUCAGCUAUGCAAUUAAUAAAUUUAAUUUUAUUGCCAA